CUCAACCGGCAGCCCCUCGCGCGCCGCACACUCUCCAUCAAUCUCGCAACCUCACGCCUGGCACCCCAUGGCGUAUCCCGGACAGGGCCACGGCUCGCAUGGCGGCGGCGGCCAGUACGGUGCGCCUCAGGGCUUUCCCCAGCCCGGCGGCUACGGUCCGCCGCAAGGCUACGCUCCUCCUCCGCAGGGCUACCCUCAACCCGGCUACGGCGGCUACCCGCAGCCUGGCCCGCCGCCGCCGCAGCAGAUGCAGGGCGGCUAUGGCGGCGGCUACGGCGCGCCGCCGCACCCGCCGCCGCCGCAGGGCCAGUACGGCGCGCCGCAGCACUACGGCCAGCAGCAGGGCCGCCAGCAGGUGCCGCAGGGCUACCAGCACAUGCAGACCAACUUCAACGUGCCGCAGGGCGUGCAGCAGAACGGCAACCAGCGCUUCCAGUACUCGUCGAUGAACGGCAAGCGCAAGGCGCUGCUCAUCGGCAUCAACUACGCCGGCACGCGCGCCGAGCUGCGUGGCUGCUGGAACGACGUCGAGAACAUGAAGCAGUUCAUCAUGCGGCGAGGAUACAAGGCGGAAGACAUGGUGGUGCUCACGGACCAGUCGCGCGACCCGCGGUCGAUCCCGACACGCCAGAACAUGACGGCGGCGAUGAACUGGCUCGUGCGCGGCGCCUCGGCUGGCGAUGCGCUCUUCUUCCACUACUCGGGCCACGGUGGCCAGGCCAAGGCAUCGCAGGGCGACGAGGCCGACGGCAUGAACGAGACGGUGCUGCCGCUGGACUAUGAGCGGGCAGGACAGAUGGAGGACGAUGAACUGCACGCCAUCAUGGUGCGCCCCCUGCCGCUCGGCUGCCGUCUUACUGCGCUGUUCGACUCCUGCCACUCUGGCACGGCGCUCGACCUGCCGUACGUCUACACGACGUCGGGCAACAUCAAGGAGCCGAACGUUGUGGCAGGCCUCGGCAAGGGUCUGAUGGGCGCCGGCAUGUCGUACGCGCGCGGCGAUGUCGGCGGCAUGAUCAAGGGUCUGAUGAGCACCUUCAAGGAAGCCACGGGCUCGAGCGGUGCAGAGCAAGUGACGAAGGAGACGCGCUCCAGCGGCGCCGACGUCGUGAUGCUCUCCGGCUCCAAAGACUCGCAGACGUCGGCAGACGCCACGAUUGCGGGCAAGGCGACGGGCGCCAUGUCCUAUGCGUUCGUCAAGGUGAUGAACGAGUACCCGCAGCUCUCGUACUUGCAGCUCCUCAACGCCACCCGAGACGUCCUCGUGGAGAAGUACAGCCAGAAGCCGCAGCUCUCGUCGUCGCACCCCAUGGAUCUCAACCUGCUCUUCGUCAUCUGAGCAGGCAUGACUUGCCCACGCUGUCUCUUGUUCUCUGUCUUGUACUCCUCCCUUCUUCCGAGAACGCCAUGCUAUGUCUCUCCGCAG